GUGGUAGCAAACUAUACUACUGUCGCGCAUCCCCAGGCGAACGCACCUGUGGAGAGGGGGCAUAGCACCAUCACGAAUCUCCUGGCUAAAUGGACGGAGUGGGGAAGCCUAACCAAUGGCCGAAGUUCCUGAGAGCAGCUUUCUUCGUGGAAAAUGUUACAGUGAAAAGGACUACCAAGUAUGCGCGAGCUACUCUAUGGUAUGGAAGGCAUGCCACCUUCCCCAUAGAAAGUUUGAUGAAGACGUGGAGGCGCCAGGAUCUGGAAGUGAACCUAUCCUUUGAAGAACUGCUCGACAUACGGGCGCGACAAGUGGGGGCCGCUGAAGAAAGGCUACGGGAGGCCGCUGAUCAGGUGGAGAGAAGUCGCAUGGAAGAUAAGAUGAGGUGGGACCAGAUGGCCCGAAUAAGGAAGGAGCCGCUUAAGGUUGGAGACGUGGUGCUGCUGUACGAUUCCUCGCUGGAGAAGCAGUGGUCUAGGAAACUUGACAAGCGGUGGCUAGGACCCUAUAGGAUUGUGCAGUGUGGCGAGUUUGCGGCCAACCAAAUUGAGGAGCUGGACGGGGCAGGAUGGCAGGACUGGGUAUCAGGGACAAGGCAAAAGAAGUUCGUGACCCUACUUAUCUGGACAAGGCGGGCAGAGAAGCAGGUGGCCAAGCAGAUUCAGGAGAGGGCUCGAGACUGGGAGGACUGUCAGGCCCAGCUCAGGAGGGCGUCCGGACGGCCGCAGCAUGAGAGGCACGAGCCCAGGGUUGAGAGACGACGACGAAGCAAGAGGCCAAGGGAACCGGCACAGAGAGAGGUGGGGCUGGCCAGAGAGAGGAGGGGAGGCCCAGCCCAGCGGGAGGAUGAGCCCGCAGGGCCCGCACUGGCAGAAGAGUCAUUCCCUGCCUGUGGCCUCCGGGCGGUUGAGUUUCGGCGGAUUACGAGUGAAGAGUUGAGGCCGCCCUCGCCACUGCCAUCAACGCAGGAGCUGGACAUACCAAGAGGGACGCCAUUCCGAAGUUUAGCGACUCAUCUUGAUGUAUCACAAUGGGAGGCCUCACGGCUGGGAGACGGCUCAGUUGAGCCGGCGUGCUACGUGCCAUUGGAGGAGCCCCUCGACCCCGAGAUAGAGACAGAAACGCGAGGCCGAGAGGAGCCACAGGAUCCUGAGAUGGCAGCCGAGCGGCCGGAUCCGGUACGACCCCAGGUUGGAGAGGUGAUCACGGUCGGAGACAAUACCCCUCCAUGUUCCCCUGUUCCAGGGCCAGCACAGCGUUCAUGGCCAAAGGGGAUUCCCGAGUCGGGCAGCGAGGAGAUUCCGGAGUCCCCGCCUGCGGCCACCCUCAUGCCUGAGCAGGAGGCAGAGGCAGAGGAUCAGGGAGUGUGUGAGGGAGCGGGGAUGGAGGCGCCCCCUGACCUGCCAUCAUCCACGCACGUGACUAGGAGUCCGGUCAUCGAGGAGCCCGUUCCAGCGGAGUUACCGCCCGUAGUGCCAUGCGCGAGCGAAGGGAUGAGGGCCGAGCCAAUGGCUCCAGAGGGCCAGGGGCCGCGAGCGUCGUCAAGUCAGGGAGUAGCAGUGGAAGUCCCUCGUCAGGCCGAGCCGAUGGAGGAGGCACCCUUGGAUGCAGUCGAGAAGGAGAGUGGCGCGCAGGAGUCGCUUAUGGCUAUGUCCACGGAGAGGAGGGGUUCGCGCUUGCAUGAGUUGGCGGCAGCCAUGGGGAUAGGCACUCCACAAGAGGAGCCUCAGGGACUUGACGCUCCAGAGCAUGCCCCGAGGUUGGGAGAUUUGAGGGCGGAGCUGGGCUCCUGGGCCACGGGGACAGACUCGGGAGGGCCUGACUCGCGACGGCAACAGCGCAGGAGGUCGUGAGUGAGCCCGCCGCUAUGAGGGGCCAGCCGACAGGAGUAUGCAGGGAUGAGGCGGCGAUGACAGAGAGCGCUCAUGAGGAGGGGCCCCGAGAGUUGGACACGCCAGAGCGCGGGCCAGGGAGUGCGGCUGCACGAGGGAGUGAGGGUGCUGAGGCUAUGGGGCCAGGACCGCAGGGCCAUGUGGGGUUGCCCUCGUGUCAUGAGGUGGUUGCUGAGACCAUGGGGACGCCUUUAGCAUCG